UUACCGGCAUAGUGUGACGCUAAGCUCAUCGCUACCGAGUGGACGACCCUGUACCAAUAGGAUCGUCACGGUAUAUAGGUGUUCUGUGACGGUAUCGCCGAAAGUGAUCGUCCCAGAAUACGUCCGGCUUCAUGACAUUUGUUGCCCAGCUGCCGGUGCUGCCGCAACUCGUCUGGAACAAAGGCCUCACAAAUGCAAUGAGCCUUGGUGAAUGCAUCACUGAUGCCCAAGAGGCAUGCCCCGCCCCUUCUAAGGUCAUCAGUCAGGUCGAGGUUGGCCUGCAGUGCAGCUUGCUUCUGGCUGACAAGUCUGUCGGGUGCUCCUUCAAAGCAACGAGCGAGUCGAGGAGCGUGCAGACUACGGAGGCUGUGGAUCAGUCAAGCUCCACCUCAGCAUCGAGGCCUUCUAUUUCUCCGUCAAGAGUCAACGGUGACAAUUCACAGCAGGGAUGCCUUCAACAAGAUCACCCCCGUGGCUAUGAGGCUGAUAAACUGUUUCGUUUGGAAGCACAUGUCAGGGUCCAUACUGGCGAGCGUCUGUUUAAGUGCCAUUUGUGCCCUCAGAGCUUCUCAAGAAGAGACAUCCUUAAGAGGCACUUGUGCAUUCACACGGGUGAGAAGCCAUUUCAAUGCCCUUCGUGCCCUCAGAGUUUCUCACGAAAGACGUACCUGAAGGAACACCUGCGCACCCACACAGGCGAGAAGCCCUUUCAGUGCCCUUCAUGCCUUCAGCGAUUCUCCCAAAGAUCCAAGGUCAAGGAACACAUGCGCACCCACACAGGUGAGAAGCCAUUUCAGUGCCCUUCAUGCUCUCGGAGCUUCUCACAAACGUCCCACCUGAAAACUCACCUGCACACCCACACAGGCGAGAAGCCAAAACAGUGUCCUUUAUGCCUUGAAAGCUUCUCACGUAACUUCAGCAUGAAGGAACACCUGCAAAUCCACACAGACAAGAAGCCAUAUAAAUGCCCUUCAUGCCCUCGAAGCUUCUCGCGCAAGUCCAACAUGAAGCAACACCUGCGCACCCACACAGGCGAGAAGCCCUUUCCGUGCCCUUCAUGCCCUCGGAGCUUCCCACAAAGGAGCCACCUGAAAGACCACCUGCGUACCCACACUGGUGAGAAGCCAUUCCAGUGCCCUUCAUGCCCUCGGAGCUUCUCACAAAGGGGCCACCUGAAAGACCACAUGCGCACCCACACAGGCGAGAAGCCAUUUCAGUGCCCUUCAUGCUCUCAGAGAUUCUCACACAGGGGCCACCUGAAAAACCACCUGCGCACCCACACUGGUGAGAAGCCAUUUCAGUGCCCUUCAUGCCCUCGGAGCUUCUCACGCAAGUCGUACAUGAAGGAACACCUGCACACCCACACAGGCGAGAAGCCCUUUCAGUGCCCUUCAUGCCCUCGGAGCUUCUCACAAAGGGGCCACCUGAAAGACCACCUACGCACCCACACUGGUGAGAAGCCAUUUCAGUGCCCUUCAUGCCCUAAAAGCUUCUCUUAUAAGACCAGCAUGAAGAUACACCUGCGUGCCCACACAGGCAAGAAGCCAUUGCAGUGCCCUCCAUGCCCUGGGAGCUUCUCAUGUGAGUCCAUCAUGAAGGAACACCUGCACACCCACACAGGCGAGAAGCCAUUUCAGUGCCCUUUAUGCACUCAGAAAUUCUCGCUGAAGGCUGCCAUGAAGCAACAUCUGCUCAUUCAUACAGAUGUCCGAGCACACCGUUGCACUGUCUGCUCCAAGUCCUUUGCGCGGGCUGAUUGUUUGAGGAGACAUAAGAAAGCACAUCACCAUGAUAGUGUAGAGUAGGUUAAGUUUCUCACAUAAAUAUAUCAUGAGGAAACACCUGUGCAUUCACACUGGUGACUGACCAAACCAAUGCACCAUCUGCUGCAAGGCCUUUGCGCAGGCUUAGUGCUUGAGCAGACAUAUGAGAGCACAGCACCAUGAUACUGUAGAGUAGGUUUACAGCCGUGUUGAACUACAGUUUGAAUUAGGACUCUACAGACAUGUAGCGUGCUGUAGGGUGUUUUGCUGCAUCAGGUAGCACAAGUGCUAUGAUCCUAAAGGAGCCCUCGAACGCUCUUUCUGGGUCACCAUAUUUGCUCUAGAUCUAUUCUUAACGUGUCAUAAAACAAAGAGUAAGAGAAUGAUGAAAAUCAUUUCUCUUGCUCCCACACCCACACAAACUUACGUUAUCCUCAUAAAAUAUUCGUAAAUACAAGCAGAGUGAGAAUUAAGCUCAACCUCCGCUGAAAUUUUAGGUGCUCUAAAUGCCACAUUUCAUUGUGCCAUGAAAUCAUGUGGUGGCACCAGUAGCAGCUGGGCAUCAGCAGAAGUCGGCGCGCCACGGUUACCAAGCUUGCUCGGCCUGUCCAUGGUGCACCCAUGGCCUCCCUGAUCUGGCUGCGUACUGUGUAAUCUGGGAGGCCAUGGAGUCACUUUUAUAGUCGCAACAGCUUCUGCAAUGCGGCCAUUGUCAUGCCAAAGUGCUCGGCAUGUGAUGUGUAAUUCUCACGAUUGCAAGGCCUUGCCAAUAGCUGUGCGAUACUUAUGGUUGUAAAAUGUAAUGCCAUAGCUUUUAUCGCAGUACAGUAGAACCUUGUUCACACAUUUAAAAAAACGAUACAAAAAACAUUCACAGUUUGGCAGUGUACUGAACGCUGGUGGCGAAAGAUCUUAAUUUCUGGGAAUGUAUGAAAGGAACCCUGGAACGGUUUUGACAAUUUUGUAGAAACGUACUGAGUUGUUAGGGCAGAUCCUUCUGAUCAUUAAGUGAGACAUUCAAGCGCUCCUCGUAAAGCACAUAAUUUAUUAUAAGCAGGGGUGUGCAAAUAGCAAUUUUUGAGACUGAAUUGAUACAUACUGUCACAUUGUGGUGACGAUGAAGAACACAGUAGCAAAACUGUGAAUCGCGAAACUAACUCUUCGUUGGGUGAACCUGUGACCAGAAAGACAGGCUACACUAAAAGCACAACGGUUGCAGCGAGCACAGUCAGCGAACGUCGGAAAUCUGUAUCAGCGGGUCAAGCGCGUCGGCUUUUAUGCAUCACUCGUCGAAGGUUCCAUUGUCGUAGCUGGUGUGCCCGCAUGGUUUCCAGAAACUACUACACAACUCAUGUUGUGCAUGCAGUCUGAUCGUACAAGGUUCGGCGAGGACAUACACGACAGAUAGAAUCAACGAGAACAUUCGUGUGUGUUCUACAUCACGCAGGCACAUUUUGUCCUGAGCAGCAACUUUAAGUUGUUAGUGGGCUAAAUGCAGUCUUCGAGAAAAGGAUAAAGAAGUAUGCAUGUCAGUACGAAGCGAAUAAUGCCACAAGCGAAUCGAAUAUUGAAUACUUUUCAAAUAGUUUUUGAGUAAUCAGCAGCCAUUUUCACAAUUGCUGUAAAACGGUAUUCACGUAGUAGUACAUAGUCAUAAGCUUAGCAUCUUUCUGUCAUGACAUUGCGAAUUAUCAAGUAUUGUUUAUCAAAGUGCAGGAACGGAGAAACAAUUAAGCAGUUUGUUCGCAUAUACAAGACUUUUGAAAAGGGAGAAUGAUCUUUGCAGCGUAGCCUGUUGCACUGCGUAGGUUCUCAAGUUUUAUACGUAUUUUAUGCCCGCGGAGAUGAAAAUAUUGUACUUUUGCUUCAGUUUUAUGUUUAUUGCGCAUAGUUCACAUUUUAUCAUAUCAGAAACUAUUAGGAAAGUAUUUGUAUUUAUGAAUAGUGAGUAUUCGAUUUGAAGACCGUAUUGAAUAGGACAGUAUUUAUUCAGUAUACAAAAUUAUUGAAUAUUCGUGCACCCCUACUUAUAAGAUUUAAAAAUGUGCAUUGCUAUCGAUUGCAGCGGCAUCGGUCCCCUGAGCUUUCAACUGCCCUGUCACCAUCUGCGUAGCAGGCCUGCGUGACUUCAGUCGAGCAAGCCAUCCAAUUGACUACUCACUUUCUGUCAUUGAUAAUUUUUCCAGCUUUAUGGUGUGCAAAUGUUGUUCAUAAUAGUUGGAAUGUUGGUUAACUUGUUUCUAUAAAAAGAAGUGACAGAAAGAGAAUACACGAGAAUUUAUCACUGCACUGAAGUAUUUCCGGCACAUGGCAAGUGUCGUCUGCUUGUGUUACAGCUUGCUCCGUGUUUGUCUCAAGGUUUCUUUUCGCAAUGACUGUGAAUUGCCCUUGUUGCAUUUUAGGCUGCAAAUCAUUGGUGACGUGGCAAGGUGCGACAGCCCAUCACAGCAUGACAUAGUAUGUUCUACUUUACUGCUGGUAUAAAUUAUCGGCCGCAGCAUAAUCAAGAACCAAUCUUUUUAAAUGUUUAAAAUGUUUCACACUUGGUUACAGCAAUGUUAGCUCUGUGUUUGGCUGGUUAAGCACAUUGCCACCAGGUGGCUGCACCACGCAGGUCGCUCACGUUUAUUCCUCCACCCAUCAGUCAAAAUACCCAGCUCACCUGCAUUUACCAGAAUACUGCACACGCUCGCCACUUCAAUGAAACGUUCACAAUGCACACUGCUUGGAUAGUUCUCGCUGGGAAUCGACGGCCAUACAGCGUUUAGGUUGCAGAGGCUUUGCAUGCUGUGUCCAAGUCACUGAAAGCAGACAUCACGACGUCACAUCAUAAUGCAGAACCAAUGAAGGCGGAGCUUAGCCCCAGUUGCUCGGCAAACGUCUUGAAGAGAAAAAGCAUGGCUAGGGAGGAGGGUAACUUGUAAUCAUCCGUGGCUCUCUAAAUAUGGGACGCUUCACUUAAAUUGUGGCGCAAAUGUUUUACUGUAGCUGUAUCCUACGUGUCUACAGAAUUUGUCCAAAUCGUUUGAGGAACCCUUUAAUUGGUAAAAAGGAACCAUAAACGUAUCGGAUCAUAUUUUGUGUUCUUGAUUGCGGACGUUGGCUUCCGGAAAUUGUACAAAACAAGGGCGUAUUAACGAGGUUCUACUGUACUCGCAAUAUUGUGCAAAUGUAAAUUGCAAAUUACAUUUUUAACCAAUGAUAAUAGCAGCACUCUCUCUGUGAAGUACACAAAAUCAUCAUCAGUGCCAUCAACAAGCUUUCCAUGGUGCGUUUCAGGGCCCCUUUAAAUGUGGUACUGCCAAGCCCGUUCGCACGAUGUUCCUACCUGAUCUAGGCAGUUGCGGGGGCAUUUUUAGCAAUGAGAUUGCAGUGCAAUAUAGUGGCCAUGUUCGUGUGAUAUUCCUUCGUUUAAAGGCGC